AUGGCGGCUACGGCGAGUCCUGGGGCCGGCGGGAUGGACGGGAAACCCCGUACGUCCCCUAAGUCAGUCAAGUUCCUGUUUGGGGGCCUGGCCGGGAUGGGAGCUACAGUUUUUGUACAACCCCUGGACCUGGUGAAGAACCGGAUGCAGCUGAGCGGUGAAGGAGCCAAAACGCGGGAGUACAAGACCAGUUUCCAUGCCCUCACCAGUAUCCUUAAGGCAGAAGGGCUGGGGGGCAUUUACACCGGGUUGUCAGCUGGCCUCCUGCGCCAGGCCACUUACACCACCACGCGCCUUGGCAUAUAUACUGUGCUGUUUGAACGCCUGACUGGGGCUGAUGGCACACCGCCUGGCUUUCUGCUGAAGGCCCUGAUUGGCAUGACUGCAGGGGCAACCGGUGCCUUUGUGGGAACCCCAGCCGAGGUGGCUCUGAUUCGCAUGACUGCCGAUGGCCGGCUCCCAGCUGACCAACGCCGUGGCUACAAAAAUGUGUUUAAUGCCCUGGUUCGAAUCGCUCGGGAGGAGGGCGUCCCCACACUAUGGAGGGGCUGCAUCCCUACCAUGGCUCGGGCGGUUGUCGUUAAUGCUGCCCAGCUUGCCUCUUACUCUCAAUCCAAGCAGUUCUUACUGGACUCAGGUUACUUCUCUGACAACAUCUUGUUGCACUUCUGUGCCAGCAUGAUCAGUGGCCUGGUCACUACUGCUGCCUCCAUGCCCGUGGACAUUGUCAAGACCCGGAUCCAGAACAUGCGAAUGAUUGACGGGAAGCCGGAAUACAAAAACGGCCUGGAUGUGCUGGCGAAGGUCAUUCGCUACGAGGGCUUCUUCAGCCUGUGGAAGGGCUUUACACCGUACUACGCCCGCCUGGGCCCCCACACCGUCCUCACCUUCAUCUUCUUGGAGCAGAUGAACAAGGCCUACAAGCGUCUCUUCCUCAGUGGCUGA